UAAACACAGCGGGCAAGACAUCUUGAGUGAUGUUGAAUAGGUCACUCACAUACAUGCAUGCGUGUACAUAAUAUAUUAAUAUAUUAUUAUAAUAUAAUAUGUAAUACAGUAUGAGACACGGUUGUAGCAUAGUAACUAUUACCGCCUUGUCCAGCUAUGUUAUGAUUGGUGGCAUCGCCGUCAACGAGGAAGUCACGUGACUUCGCGCCCACUGACAUCCUGGCGGAGGCUCACACCACAACCAGCGGCUGCAGGCUGGAGUCGUUGUCGUUCUACCACGUCGUAGUCUCUGGUGGAGAUGAAGUUGCUGGCGCUGUUGGUUUUCUCAGCUUGUCUGGCCGGCGGCUGCUGUUCCACAGUCACAUGUUCUUACCACUGCACGACUUCCUAUAAAUACACAGUCAAGUGUGGACUGUGGAACUGGAGCACAUGCACACGAUACGGGACAAUGACCCGCACAUGCUACAGGACUGGAGUAAAUGGGGGCUGGUCGAGCUGGGCAUAUUCUAGCACCGGAAGUUGCUCCAGAAGCUGUGGGGGUGGGACGAGACAGAGGAACUUAGUCCGUCACUGUAACAACCCCUACCCUGUCCUCUGUGGCACGUACUGUCCUGGGAGCAGCAGUGGGUACAACACCGAGUCUUGCAACACCGGGUGUUGUCCAGUAUCUGGGGGCUGGUCCAGCUGGCAAGUCUACACAACCGGAAGUUGUUCACGGACAUGCGGGGGAGGGAAACAGACCGUGACGUUACAGCGUUGGUGCAACAGUCCCUCCCCGUCAUGCAAUGGAGCGAGUUGCUAUGGCAGCAGCACCACCACAGAGCAGAGGUCAUGCAACGGACAGAGUUGUCCUGUCAAUGGCAGUUUUUCUAGCUGGUCCCUUCAGACUGAAGGAAGCUGUUCACUCACGUGUGGUGGAGGAACAAAGACCUUGACCUACAGGCGUUUGUGCAACAGCCCUGCUCCUCAAUAUGGCGGAACGAACUGCACUGGCAACUAUUUCAAAAACGAAACAUUAGUUUGCAACAUUCAACCUUGUCCUAUCGAUGGAAGCUGGUCCUCCUGGCAGUGGCUGGACAACGGAACCUGCUCGGUGAUGUGUGGAGAAGGGUUGAUGGAGGUGACGUACACACGUGAGUGUGACAGCCCCGCCCCACAGUACAAUGGAAGUAACUGUCUGGGAAACAACACUAAGACUGAAAUUGUUAUCUGCGACUAUCAGUCUUGUCCAGUCGAUGGAAGCUGGUCCUCCUGGCAGUGGCUGGACAACGGAACCUGUUCGGUGACGUGUGGAGAAGGGUUGAUGGAGGUGACGUACACACGUGAGUGUGACAGCCCCGCCCCACAGUACAAUGGAAGUAACUGUCUGGGAGACAACACUAAGACUGAAACUGUCAUCUGCGACUAUCAGUCUUGUCCAGUGUCUGACAACUCGUCCUCCUGGUAUUUGCUCGACAACGGAACUUGCUCGGUGACGUGCGGAGGCGGGGAGAUGACGGUGACGUACAGACAGGACUGUGACAGCGCCAUCUCUCAGGGUGACGCAGGAAACUGCACAGAAAACAGCACCAAAAGUGAAACCACAGACUGCAACACACAGCCUUGCCCAGUCGAUGGAAGCUGGUCCUCCUGGCAGUGGCUGGACAACGGAACCUGCUCGGUGACGUGUGGAGAAGGGUUGAUGGAGGUGACGUACACACGUGAGUGUGACAGCCCCUCCCCACAGUACAACGGGAGUAACUGUCUGGGAGACAACACUAAGACUGAAAUUGUUAUCUGCGACUCUCAGUCUUGUCCAGUUACAGUUCCGGACUACACUAUGGCGGAGGGAUCUGCGGAAGGAUACAAGCCCCGGACACAAACUGCAGUCAGCAGCACGCAGCCUUCUCCGGACUACAGCUCCGCCUUCAACACCAACAUUCCCCAGAAAGUCUGUCAUCAGAUCACCGGCUGGUCCCUCCCACUCAGUCUGCUCUGGAUGCUGGUGCUCACCACUUGCGGCCCACAAGGCGGUCAUCUGUGCGAGCCUCGUCUACUGUGUCUGCUGUCUACAUCUACUGUCUACAUCUACUGUGUCUGCUGUCUACAUCUACUGUCUACAUCUACUGUGUCUGCUGUCUACAUCUACUGUCUACAUCUACUGUGUCUGCUGUCUACAUCUACUAUGUCUGCUGUCUACAUCUACUAUGUCUGCUGUCUACAUCUACUAUGUCUACUGUCUGUCUACUCGUCUCGCCUGUCUAUUGCAGUUGUCAGGACUCAGGCAUCUGAAUACAAGAGCGAGUAG